CGUUACGUUACGUGCUGACGACAGCCCAAAAAUUGCGCAUACGCCUAGUGUUUACCAAUUACCAGAGGAAAAGCCAUAAAAGUGUGGAAAUGGAACCCAAAUAGGCCACAGAAGCCACCAGGGUCAGGAUGAGUGCGGAGGAACAGGCAAAUCUGCUGCGCGUGCUGGUCAACUGUGCGGAGAAGGCGGCCAACAUCGCCAGGACAUGUCGCUCCAACGAGGAACUUCUGGGACUGCUGGUGCAGGAGAAGAGCGGAUCGGAGGCCAACGAGCGGUUCGAGCAUGACUUCAAGACCCUUGCCGACGUCCUCAUCCAGGAGACAAUCAAGCACGAGGUGGGGGCGCUCUUUCCGGCCAUGCAGGAGGCCAUCCUGGGCGAGGAAUCGCCCAACUUCACCAACAAACUGGGUGAAAGUGUCACGAUUGCAGUGGGAUCCAGUGAGGAGGACACCGCCUCCUGUCUCCAGGCAGUCCUCAGUGGGCACGAAGGCGCCGCUAGUGCCCUGGCCAAAGAGGUGCACCAAGAGGUCAACUUCAGCAGCGAAAAGCUGGGCGAGAUUCCCCAACUGCCCGAGGAACUGGACUACGCCAAUCUGGGCAUCUGGAUCGAUCCCAUUGAUGCCACUGCCGAGUACAUUUCGGGCGACACCAUGUUCACCGACUUCCCCGGCAUUACCUCCACUGGGCUGGACUGCGUCACCGUGCUGAUUGGCGUCUAUGAGCGGGACACCGGAGUGCCGGUCAUCGGAGUGGUGGCCCAGCCCUUUGGGGACAAGUUGGAGGAGAACGUGUACAGCUCCUCGAUGUUCUGGGGCGUGUGCCUGCCCACGUUACAGGCCCACAACUGCGACUUCGAGGCGCGCGACGAGAACCGUCGGUUGGGAAUCUUCUCCAGCUCCGAGCAGUCCGACAUCCUUCAGCGCUUCCUCGACCUGGGCUACGAGUUUGCAUUCUCUGCUGGUGCGGGCCACAAGGCCUUAAAGGUGAUCACCCACGAGGUGGAUGUGUAUCUGCUCAGCAAGGGAUCGACCUUCAAGUGGGACACUUGUGCUCCACAGGCCAUUCUACGAGCCAUCGGCGGAGAUGUUCUGGAUUACACAGCCAGUGUGGCGGAGCGAAAGGCCGUUCCAUUAAAGUACCUGAUGGAGGACUCUGAAACCGACCCUGAUUGGAAGCGAAACGCAGGUGGUAUAAUCUCUGUUCGCAAUGUCAAUGUUGUGGAGGAGCUGCUAGCCAAACUGUGCGAGCAAUGAAUAUUGUUGUUAUUGAUGUGUUGUAAUCUCAUUAUUGCUGUUGUAAUUGACUUGAUGUAGAAUGACUUUAAGAGUGACUCGAAUUGUAGAGAAUAGAAACUUCGGUACAAAAACUAUUCCAUGAAAAUAUAACAUUUAUAAUUGAAAUGGUUUUCGUAUAGAAAAAUAUAUGGCUUUAUUAAAAAAAUUGAUUUCCAGUGG